AUUUUAAAUAUAUAUACAUAUAGAUAUAUAUAUAUUUUAUUUAUAUAUAUAUUUAUAUAAAUCAAUCUACAUAAAUUACAACAGAAUGAAGCUGUUUGCAGUAUUCUUGGCAUUGACGCUCUACGCGCUGACACUGGUGCAGUGCCUCAGCCUGCCCGAUCCGAAUGUGAAGUGCAACAUGGAGUGCGAUACGCAGGAGAAUCAAUUUAUAUGCGCGGCGGAUGACAAAGGAGUCACCAAAACGUAUCGCAAUGUUUGUAUCAUGAAGACCGAGAAUUGCCUACAGAAUGCAAACUUUCAGAAGAUCAGCGACAAGGAGUGUCCAUAGAUGCUAGAGCCAAGUCCCAGUUUUGACAGUGCGCAGAUUUAGAACGAUGACAAAACUCAUCAAACUUUCAGUUCUUGCGUGGUAUUUGUGUGUGAUAUUUUUAAGUUGUGCUGCAGCAGAAUACAAAACACGCCCCUCCCUUUAAUGCCCCUUACACUACCAACAUAUGCCCCAUCCCAAGCUACAAAUAUGUAAUACAUAUAUAAU